UUUUUCUGUUAAACAUGGCGGAUUUGUAGCAGAUGUGUACGCGAUUUUAUCACAGUGAAGACACUGGAAGGCACGAAGCUGCCUAGACAAAGCAGUUUUAUAUAGCAUUUGAUACAAUUUUUUUGUGUGCAAGUUAUUCGAAAUUAUUAUUUUGCGAUCCGAAUAAAUCCUAAUCUUGUUUGUGAGUGAAACACGAGUUUCGAUAAACGGUUCUAACCAAAUUCUAACCAAAGUGUGCACCACCAUGACUCACGCGAUGUGUCAUUCAUUGUUUUGAAAUCGCUUUCAAGAUGUGUCCAGGUCCAGGUAAUGUCCAAAAAUUGUAGCCGGUCACAAAUCUCGAGUGCAAGCGAUAACAGCCGAAUAUGGCGGUGGAAUUGUGGAAGUGUCUUUUGGUAGUUAUCAUCAUAAAUUCAGUUACGUCUGAAAGAAUAAAGGAUAUGAUAUACAUGCCUUUGGAGGGUGUAGCUGCAUGUUUCCGAAGACAUAAUGGCACACAUCAGUUUGGAUGUUCCUCUAGCAGAUCAGGAAGUGUAGGGAUAAUACAUUUAGUGGAUGUGGACAGCGAUAUUGCUUGGAUAGAGACAAACUCCACUGCGGGUCCAUACACUGUGGUCCUUCCAUUUGCUAUGUUCAACAGACGCACGCUUGUGAGACUCAGGAAUACAAAUAACAUAAAUGGAGUACUACUGACAAAGAAUAUCAGCCAUGAACGUCCAUGGCAAUAUUCGCCAGAGGACCAGUGCCCGAAUCGAUAUUCCGGUUAUAAAAAGUGCGACGUCAUGAAUCCAUGGAACCCCUUUGGAUCAGCGUUACUCAUGGAAGAUUGGUCAUUUCCCAUGUUUUACACAGAGAACCAGACAGUCCUGGAGGCAAUAAAGUCUUGCUUCUGGACGCACAACGCGCACGAUCUUGAAACGCAGUAUCAGAGAUCUCUUUGCGCGAUAGAAAUGAAGUCGUUCAUGUAUGCCGCCAUCAAUUCGGAAUCAUGCAUAAAGCGUUCGGAUUUCAUGCUGAAUUUCAAUCCAACGCAGUUUUGCGAUCCGCUGGGAGAUAGAAACAUACAUUGGCCCCUGGCGCCUCUCGACGAGAAUAACAAUACGGUGAUAAUGGUAACAGCGCGCUUGGACGCGUCCUCGUUGUUCGACGGUGUGUCGCCCGGUGCAGGUAAUGCUGUAACAGGACUGGUCACGUUGCUCGCCACUGCAUACUAUCUGAAUUUCUUAAACGCCACCGUCGAUAAGACAAACGUGGUGUUUUCCCUGUUGAACGGCGAGGCGUUCGAUUACAUAGGCUCCAGUCGUAUGGUGUACGACUUGAAGAAGAACAACUUUAACGCCCUCGGUGGAGUCACUCUGAAAUUCGACGAUAUCCAGAGUGUGAUCGAAUUUGGCCAGUUGGGCAAGGGAGAGAUAUUUCUUCACAGCAAUGGCAAAGACGACACGAUAAACCGUCUGCGGGACGCGUUGAAUGCGUCGGUCAUAGAUGGUAGCAUUCCACCUACGUCCGUGCAGAGUUUCCUGGAGACGAAACCGAAUCUGACGACUGUUGUUAUAAGCAAUCACGGGAAACAGUUUAAGAACCGAUAUUACAAUGGUAUCUUGGACGAUGCGGAGAGUCUCGAUUUUGAUAAAAACGAUACUAGCACGCUUGCAUCAGAUUUAGCGAAAAUUGCUCUUCAGGUUGCUAAUGAGCUUUACCGGGCGGUGACGGGCGAGGCGCCGCAGCCCCAGCCUGCCGAUCUACCGAUACCCAUGGAGAAGCUUAUCGCGGAUAUGUUAUAUUGCUACCUAGAGAGUGCCAAGUGCACUCUGUUUCGCGCGGCUUCGGCGCCUAACGCUAAGUUGGUCGAUCAGGUAUUACCGUUAUACGUCGGUGUACACAGGGCGCUUAACAUCGCGACGACUCUAACGGGCCAGCUUUUAGCCUAUUUAACCGGUGAAAAGCUCUACGAGAUGAACGAGUCAACGUGUCACGAAAAUCGGCUCGCUUGGAUGGGCGGUCAGAACUUUUCAGGGUUGUGCAUCAAUUCAACCGUCAAUUACAGUACAGCCGUGAGUCCUGCAUUUAUUAUUGAUGGAUACGACAUGAAAUCAGGCGUUUACUCGACCUGGACGGAAUCCAUAUGGCAAACAUUAAGCGUUAGAAUGUUUCUCAAACCGGCAGCAGCAACGGAACGUUUCAGUUUGAUUCUGGGUUGCUCAGUCGCCGGUUUCUCGUUUGUAUUGGUGUGGUUUAUCAAUAGUCGGGCAGACGUGUUAUUUAAUUCGAGAAGAACCGUUGAUUGCUAGGGAUACGCUGCGGACCACAUAUCAAUGAGCAGGUUAGAUAAUCAUCGAGAAGAUCGAGAUGUUCCCGUAACUAGCCUUUAACCGUAUGUGUGGGACGCCCUCGGACGAUUUUUUAUAACGCGAAAAAUAUCCGGAUGUGUCAUGUCGUCAUUUUUAGGAUUAUAUUAUUUAUCGUCAUCGUUUCAUCUGCAGUGUUCAACUGAAAAAAAUUACGGAUGCAUCUUUGAUACUCAAUGCAAAGGUGAAUCACUUUCUUCUACUUUUUCUCUAUGAUAUAUAUGUAUCUAUCUAUAUUAUUAAUUAUUUAUGAAGUUAUAUGUUAUUAUAUGUAUAUGAGAAAAGACAUUGGACGAUUGAAAUGGAAAGCUCGAUCAGUUCAACAGCUUGGUAUUGUAUACGCGUGUAUAUAAAUGAAUGAAUGUGUAUGUAUGUACAAGUUAGCCGCACUGGUAAGACUUGAAAUAAAAAUUAUAUAGAAGAGCGCAUAGUUAAUUUUUAAUAGGGAUACAAAUUUGUUAUUCAUGUAACAUUAAAAAAAUCGAAAAUACGAAUUAUAAGUCGAUAAUGGAAGA